AUGAGACACCGAGUUUCGUACGUCCACACAGCCGCACACGCGGCGCCCAUCAAAUUCGCCAACGCCUCCUACGUGGAGCUAGCGCCGGACCUUUUCGUGGCCCGCGAGGACCGGUACACGGUGGCCGUGCAGCCGUAUUCCCACGUCAAGGCCGUGCGCAUCCAGAUCUCCAGGCCGUCCUUGGCCACGCCGCCACACGCCGCCGCGGCCCGCCAAUCCGGCGUGUUUGCCUACGAGUUCCAGGCCGGCGUGCACGUGUACGCCGUGCCCCAGGCCACGGUCGGGCCGCACGAGCAGGCCGAGUUCUACGCGCAGCUCAACGCCCUUCUCGGGCUGGUCUUGGGCGUCUCCGUGGCGCCGCAGGAGUGGGUGCGUUCGGUCGACAGCUUCUACUGGCACGCGCCGGGCGCGCCGCAGCCGCAAGUCGCCCAGGUGCCGCAGCUCCCGCGCGCCUGGGACGCGUUGGACUACUACUACUCCGCGGCGCAGUUGACCGUGUCCACCCUCGACGCAGACCUGCGGGCCUUGUCUGUGGCGGCCGCGGGCUGCGAGUACACGGAGGUCGGGGUGUUCGAGGUGCUGGCCCGCUCCUCGCGGGACGACGUGGUGCUUUCCGGCGCCCGGGUGGUCAUGGACCCCACCGACCCGGACGCCCAUGCCGCGCCGGUCCACCAGACGCUCUUCCACGUCAAGCCGCGCCACCGGCACUUGGCCCAGCACGCGGCCGUGGACUUGCGCGCCAACGGAUUGCACCCGGUGUUGGAGAUGGCCCGUAUCCCGGACCCCCCGCGGGACGCAGACGUGCUGGCCUGCAAGUUGUACGGCUACCUCACGCUCGGCAAGUCCGUGUUUUUGGACCCGUACCAGGUGCCCGCACGGCUCGAGGUCGUGGCCAACUACGGCGUGCGCGACUUGGAGCUCCCGGCGUACGCGGUUCUGCAGUGGGGAAACGAGGUCUUGGUGGAGAUGGAGGCCGGCGCCGGGGACUGGAACCUCACGCUCCACUCGCGGUACCAGCUUCCCAGCACCACGCAGACCCACACCGACGUGUCGGUGGACAAGCCCGUGCUCUUCUACGCGUGUGACGUGACCAGCGACGCGGUUCUCUUGCAGAACUCGCCGUUCGACACGCGCCGCGAGCUUGGCGGCUCGUUCGAGAGGUUCUUCACCGACGACACGGUGUUCUACCACCUUCUGGACCGCGGCACCUCCAGCGUGCGCAUCCCCAACGCGUGCGGCAGUAAGGCCUCGGUGAGCCUUGCCACGGUGGUGGCGUUGGUGCUUGGGCUCAUCGUGGUCAUGCUGAAGGUAUGCCGAAAAUGGCGCCAGCCGGAGUGCUCGUGUGAGAGGCGGGAUGGGGGCCUGUGUCGAUGUGACACUGCACUUUGCAAACGGCGCGGGCCGUCGCCGCACGUGUCUUCUACAAAGAAGGAAGAAUAG